AUGUAAUAUAAAUUUCCUCCUCGUUUAAUUGAAUUUUUGAACACUUAUGCUAAAAUAUCAUUGUAACCAAUCAUGAAGUAUAUUAAGGUAGAUUUUUUAUUGGCAAAAUUAAAUGGUGAAAUCACUAAUAAAUCAAAUAAAAAAGUCUCGAAAAAUGCAAAAUGCUUUAAAAUGAGUGCAUCAUUUAUAAUUUAUCUACUUUAUUCUCUCAUUUAGUCUGAAAGUUUUUUAAAUUUUGUUCUUAAACUUUCUAAUCGUAAUAAGAAUAAUGUUACACUCUUAUAACUUAUAGAUUUUUUUUAAGAAAAAAUUAAGAAAAAGUGA